ACAGGCUGGAACCAAUGGACACCAUCUUCGUCAAGCAAGUGAAGGAGGGAGGCCCCGCCCACAGAGCUGGACUCUGUACAGGUGACCGGAUUGUAAAGGUGAACGGAGAAAGUAUAAUUGGAAAGAUGUACUCUCAAGUGAUCGCCUUGAUACAGAACAGUGACACCUCAUUGGAACUAUGCGUGAUGCCAAAAGAUGAGGACAUUUUGCAGUUGGCCUAUUCCCAAGAUGCAUACCUCAAAGGAAACGAGGCGUACAGGGGAAACGCCGGACACAUCCCGGAGCCCCCUCCCAUAUGCUACCCGAGGACAGAGCCUAAAGCCCCAGGGAUGGCACAUGCCCCUGACCCAUCCCCCUCCACAGAGGCCCCCCGGGGGGCCAGGCAGGCCCAGGCAGGGGCAGGAAGACAGGGCACCUCCACCUCCAUGCCAGGCCACACAGACAUGGGCUACCGGGUGGAGAUCCCUGUCCCCCCCUCUCCGCCACCCCCCCAGGCCCCUAAGACACAGAUAGUGCUUUGUGUGUGCAACGAGAGUGUGAGGACAGUGGUGGUGCCGCCUGACCCAGUAGCAGAUCAGGGCCCCCGCUGUGUGGCUCGGGCUGGCCCCAGCCAUACGAUAGAAGAGAACCGGUACGGAAGUCCCCUGGACUUCUCAACUAGGCCUAUACACCUUGUGGCUCCUGGCCACCCUGGAGGGUCACAACUACAGUACGCCCCCAUCCCCACCCGGCCCACAGAGCUCUCAGUCUUCUCCCUCUCUGGCUCUAGGCCUUCCCUGAUCUACCCCGACACACAACACCUCACACCCUCCCCGCAAACCCCGGCGGGCAAAACCUUCCCCUCCCCCCACCUCACCCAACCACUACACCCCCUCACCCUCAACAUCGACUGGCGCAACUACACUACCUACAAGGACUACAUUGAGGCCAAGCGGCUGCACACCUAUGGCUUCCGCACUAUCCAGGAGCGCCUGGACAGCCUGCGGGCGGCAGCCAACCCCAAUGCUGCUUACGCCCUGCAGCCUGGCCCUCCUCCCAGCGCCAUUGCCUCCUUCCAACAAGGCCUUGGGGGGUCCCAGGUCAGACGUAGGGGCACAUCCCACGACCGGGGGUCCUACCAGGAGGCCAUUGUGGCCCCACUGCGCAGUGCCUUCCAGGAAAGGCUAGGCGAGGGAGGGACUGAGAGGACAGCCAUGCCCAGGGACUGGCCCCAGAGUCCCUCCCAGGAUGCCCUGCCUUCCUCAGCCCCCAUAGGGGUAGCAAAGCCCCAGGCACGAUCCUGCGACUACCUGGGCCGGCAGAGUGAGCCAGCGGCUGUGGUAUAUACAGAGAGGGGAGUGUACAGCAGGGCAGAGCUGGAGGGCAGGCUACUGCUGUACAGGGGCGAGGAGGCCAGAGCCAGCAGACAGGGGGCAGCGCUGAGGCAACUACACCAGCCUCACAGGACCAGUCUUACAGGCAUGCCCAUCGCUAUGUUCACUAAAGAUACAACAGAGCUGUUGCUCCCCUCUAGGAGAUACAGCCUUGCACAGACAGCCUUCAGUACGCCCUCGCUGGUGCCUGUCGAAAACUCAGCCUCGGACCCAUUGCCACCGGCCUUGUCUUACACCCGGGGCCUUCGUAACAGCAGCGUUAUGGACCUGCUCAAAGACCAAAGAGCCGUGGUAGUGGGUAACCACCUGGGCUACUCCUCUUCUCCCCAGCAGCAGCUACAGCUCCGGGGGCAGGCUGACAGCCUGAGUGAGGAGAAUGGGAGGGAGGUGGGGCUGGGUGCCAGGUCCUCCUCCUGCACCGGCUCCUCCAAAGUUCCCAUUCAGAGACAGCAAGCCAUCCCCUCCUCCACUACUGUGACCCUCAAGUCAAAGGUCCCUGUCCCGGUGCAGAAUAACGGGAGGCCGGUGGAGGGCAUAGAGGGGCCAGACGCCACGGUGGUAGUCCUGAGGAGGGAUAAGAACUCGGGACCCCAGCCUAUCCGCCACCCCUCAUACAUCCUGGCUGUGAACGACACUGAUGUCGAGAUGCCAACGGAGGUGGGGACUCCAGCAGCCAAGGGAGGAUCGGAGUGCUGGCUGCCCAACGACACCCAGCAAGAGGUGACCAUGAGAAGGCUGGGCAAGCAGCGCAAGGCUUCGUGCUCCAGCAACCUGGAUGACUCGCUCGACUCCAUCCCCUUCAUCGAUGAACUAUCCAGUCCAAGUAUCGAUCACGACACCAGUCACAUUUCCACUUCAGCUGUAAUAUCUGUUACUCCAUUCAUCACCACCAUCCCGCCCAGCCCCACUUCUCCUUCUCCUCUCAAUCGACGACAGCUGUCACAUGACCACGAUUCUCUUCGGCUCACAAUUAUUGAGCGGUCCAAAUCCUACGAUGAAGGUCUGUAUAACUACAGGGAAGGGAGACAAAUACCUGGUCUAAAGUGCCUUAGGAAGGUGACGGUGGAUAGGUCUUUAGAAGAUUCCGGAUCCAGGAGAGAUUCCUCAUCAGAUGUCUUCAGUGAUGCUACCAAGGAGGGCAUGCUCCAUUUCCGACAGAUCAACACGGACAAGAGCAAGCAUGUUGGUGGGGGAAUGUGCACCUGGAAGCAAAUGUAUGCAGUGCUGCGAGGCCACUUCCUCUGCCUAUAUAAGGACAAAAAGGAGGGACAGGCUCACGCCAACUCCCAGGUGGAGGACGAGCCCCAGCCAAUCAGCAUCAAGGCCUGUCUGAUUGACAUCUCCUACAGCGACACAAAACGCAAGAAUGUGCUGCGGCUGACCACGUCGGACUGUGAUUACCUGUUCCAGGCAGAGGAUAGAGAAGACAUGCUGGCCUGGAUCAGAGUCAUACAGGAGAACAGCAACCUGGACAAUGAGAACGCAGCCUUUACUAGUUGUGACCUCAUCAGCAGGAAGAUCAAGGAGUACAACACCUUGAUGAGCCCGACAGGCAGUAAGACCGAACCGUCGCCCAAAUCGUCACGCCAGUCACUGAACAUCAGACAGACGUUACUGGGAGGGAAGGGGGAGCCAAAAUCUCUAAGUCCACACUCACUUAAAGCGGAGCAGGACAGGAAAAACAUGCAUAAAGAUGACACCAGUCCACCCAAGGACAAGGGGACGUGGAGGAAGGGUAUCCCAGGGCUGAUGAGGAAGCCCUUUGAGAGGAAGCCUUCUCCAGGCGUCACGUUUGGGAGGAGGCUGGACAACUGCCCUUCAGCCGUCACCAACAGGUUUGUUCCCCUCAUCGUGGAGGUGUGCUGUAACAUGGUGGAGGAGAGGGGGCUGGAGUACACAGGGAUCUACAGGGUCCCAGGGAACAACUCAGCCAUCACCAACAUGCAGGAGGAGCUCGACAAUAAAGGCAUGAACGACAUCGACACCCAGGAUGAUAAAUGGAGGGACCUGAAUGUGAUCAGCAGUUUACUUAAAUCCUUCUUCCGUAAACUUCCAGAGCCUCUGUUCACCAAUGAGAAGUAUGCAGACUUCAUAGAGGCCAACAGAACAGAGGACCCAGUGAAAAGACUGAAAUUGUUGAAGAGGAUGCUACACGAGUUGCCAGAUCAUCACUACGAGACCCUCAAGUUCCUCUCGGCUCAUCUGAAAACAGUGUCUGACAACUCUGAUAAAAAUAAGAUGGAGCCAAGGAACCUGGCCAUCGUGUUUGGUCCCACUCUGGUGCGCACCUCAGAGGACAACAUGACCCACAUGGUCACCCACAUGCCCGACCAGUACAAGAUCGUAGAGACUCUCAUUCAGCAUUACGACUGGUUUUUCAUAGAGGAAGGCAACGGGGAGCCAGUGACUAUGGCCCGAUAUGAGAACGCGGUGGAGUCUCAGCCUGUGCCCAACAUCGACCACCUGCUCACUAACAUCGGCCGCAUGGCCGCAAUGCAGGGGGAAGUCUCAGAUUCACCAACUAGUGACUCUGCUAAAUCGAAGGGUUCCUGGGGUUCCGGGAAGGACCAGUGUAGCCGCGAACACCUGGUCUCCUCGGUCUUUGAUGCAGCCAACCGCAAAAGAAAGAAGCCCAAGGACAAGCCGCAGCCUAGUAGCUCCGAUGAUGACCUAGACUCUGUGUUCCCAAAGAAGGAGCUCCCUGUCCGGAAGCAGAAUCACAGAGGCCUUAAAAUGGAUGUGGAGCAAGGGACCUGUGCCAGCCCUGAAGCAGAAGAGCAAGCAAGGACAGGAGAGAAGGUGAAUAGGAGAGGUAUCGAGCUCACUCCUAAAGGCAAAAAGGAGCACAGGAACUCUUUAUUUCUAAGGGAGAAGCCCUCGUCAAGGCAGCCCUCACCUGCCCCUUCCCCCUCACCCAAAAACUCUGGCUCCCCCAGCCUCAGUUACCACACCGCCUUGCUUGGAAUAUCCUCGUUUUCAGACCCGUCCCAGCUGGAUGAGCCUACUUCUGAUCUGGGCACCAUGAGCUCCGGGGCUUCCGUGCCCAGGGCACGACCCAAGAAGUGGAUGUCAGGAGUUACUGCUCCUGAUCUAUCAGUGGCUGGGCCUGGGGCAUCAGCUGGGACAGAGAUGAGCUCCAUCACCUCGGACUACUCCACCACCUCAUCCAUCACCUUCCUGACUGCAGCAGACUUGAGCACGCUCAGUCCAGAGGUUCAGGGUGGGUGCGAGGCAGAUGACGAGUGCAGUGAGCUCAUCAGUGAAGGCCGGCCCAUGGAGACCGACAGUGAGAGCGACUUCCCUGUGUUCGCCACAGGGGGUGGCAACAUCCAAACCAUGCCUGCCUUAGAACCGAACCAGACUGGGAAUGGGCCAGAAAAGCCUGAUCCUGCAGCAGCUGACGGGAGCACGACUCCGAAACUGGAACCCUGUUGCUUCUUCCCCACCCACAGGCUAAUUGAGUGUGACACACUCUCCAGGCAGUCCCUGCGGCAGAAGACUGACAGCGAGUCAUCGGUAGAGGGUGGGACCGGCAGCUGGGAGUUUGUCGAGGGCAGGGCGGAGUCAACACGACUGUCUCGCGUCCUGGAGGUGAUGAAGAAGGGGCGGUCCACCGGCAGCCUCAGCUCUUCCUCCCGCAGUGAGUUGGAGCACCCUCCUGAGCCCGCCCGGCACCUCAAGAUCACAGAGAGGCUCAAGUUCCGUCUGCGCAGAUCUGCCAAUGACAUGUUUGGCUUGGGUGCCCAGACGAGUCGGUCUUCCCCGGAGACCCGCAGCAAGAAGAAGAACAUCCGGCGGAGGCACACCAUGGGUGGCCAGCGGGACUUUGCAGAACUGUCCAUCAUCAAUGACUGGAGGGAGCAAGGCGGGGUGGACCAGGCGGCUGAGCUGUCAGCCAUGGACCGCCUCAAGCCAAAGUGCUCCUCUCAGGACUUCUCCAUUGGGGACUGGAUCACCCGCGAGCAAUGUCGGGCCGGAGUGUCAGAGUUCAGCAUAGACACCCCACCCAAAGUUGUCCCAGAGGGGGACAAGGCACAAGCCCAGGGCACCACCCCAGAGAGCCCCUCUUCGUCUGGCUCCCCAGGCCUUCAGCCCAUGGUGAGGGAGCAAGCGAACUGAGAUGGGCCGCAAGGCAAAAACAAAGCCAGCCUCAACCUGGCAGCUGACGAUGCGCACCCACACAAACUGUCAGGAGCACAAGUCAUCCGCUCGUGAUUCUAUCAGUAUCUAUGAAACAGCAAGGAUGUGUUGAGGGUACAAGUGUGUUCAUGAGCGAAGGAGAGAAUGUAUUUACAUAUGUAUGUAGAUACCUUAGCAAGGUAUUAUUUAUUAUUUUUUUACAAAGUAUACAGUG